AGUUGCCAUAGUAUUUGUUAAAUUGUUUAUUUGCUCAAUCUUAAUUUCAGUUCGUGCAACAUACACGGAACCUUGGCGACGCUGCUCUCAAAACAAACAGAAGUGGAGGGAGGCUUUUUCUCCAAAGUGGUAUUUGGCUGAGAAUUAAAAUUUCAAAGUAAAUAUACAAAGUAUUUUUGCUAAUGGCAGAAGAUAACAGACGAGGGGACGAAGAUGAGCGCGGACCUGGGGCCGUCUAUCAAAUGUUUGUGGUGAUGGAGGACCUGCUGGAUAAGUUAAAGCUUCUGAAUUAUGAAGAAGAGGUGCUUUGGAAAAAUAACAUGAAAACGUUGUCGAGGCACUACUUUGCUCUCCCAACAAAUCCAGGGGAGCAGUUCUUCAUGUUUACCACCAUUGCAUCUUGGCUUAUAAACAAAGCAUGUCGCCCAUUUGAACAGCCUCAAGAGUAUGAUGACCCAAAUGCUACCGUAUCUAAUAUAUUAACAGAGCUCAGAACAUUUGGUGGACAAGUGGAUUUUCCUCCAUCUAAGCUGAAGGCAGGGUAUGGAGAACACGUGUGCUAUGUUUUGGAUCGCUUAGCGGAGGAGGUUUUGAAACAAACACAGUUCAACUGGAAUAAGCCUAAUUACCCAACAGAAGAACUAGAAGAGUCGUCUGUGAUGGAAGAUGAUUCUGAGCUGACGCUAAACAAAAUGCAAGAAGAAAUGAUUGAGGAACCUGAUGAUUAUGAAGAAGAACAUCUCAUGGAUCUGGAAGCUUUAAAGGCACAAACAAAUAAAACUGAAACAAGUGAAUCGUCAAAACCAGAUGAGAUAUUAGAGUCUACUACAGAUGCAGCAGAGUGGAACUUGGAAGUAGAAAGAGUUCUCCCACAGCUCAAGGUUACAAUCAGAACAGAUAAUAAGGACUGGAGAAUACAUUUGGACCAAAUGCACCAGCACAAAGAGGGAAUUGAAUCAUCUCUGAAAGAGACAAAGGGGUACCUCAACAGACUGCAGGAGGAAAUCAGUAAGACUCUUGAAAAAGUUGCAAGCCGGGAGAAAUACAUUAACAACCAGUUGGAACAUUUAAUCCAUGAGUAUCGCACAGCUCAGUCACAGCUUAGUGAGGCCAAGGAGCGUUACCAACAUGGGAGUGGUGGAGUAACUCAAAGAACAAGAAUGCUGGCUGAGAUUACAGAAGAACUAGAGAAAGUGAAGCAGGAGAUGGAAGAAAAAGGAAGCAGUAUGACUGAUGGAGCUCCUGUGGUAAAGAUUAAACAAAGUCUGACAAAGCUGAAACAAGAAAUCAUUCAAAUGGAUAUCCGUAUCGGCGUCGUUGAGCAUACUCUACUUCAAGCUAAACUCAAGGAGAAAUCCAAUAUGACAAGAGAUAUGCAUGCUACCAUGAUUCCAGAGGCUACCAUUGGUGGUAUAUUUUAAAUUUAGGGAUACUUUUGCUGUGCCAUGAAUGAACUUGUAGAUUUUGGAAAUUAUAAAUCAUUAUGAAAAUAAUUUGGUAUUCAUUUACUUUCGGUUACAAUUGUGAGUUACAUUUCUUCAUCUAUUAAUUGUAUGCAUUCCUUUUAUAAAUGUAGGCCUACUCUUUUUUUUCUGCUUGCAAGUUGAAAAGUUCAAAGCAUUUUGUAUACUUGUAUUGUAUUCCCUAGUAAUACACCAAAUUGUAACUUGAGCUGCCAUCCCUAAAUACAAUUGAACUGAGUGUAUAUACAGAGUGUUUUAUUUAAAAGUUUACACAAUAAUAAAGAAUAAUGAAAUUAGAAUGUUAGAUUUACUUUUCUUUUUCAAGAUAUAUUUGAACAGAGCAGACACCCUU